GGGACUGGCUGGGUUCCGGCGCUGUGCAGAUCCGCGCGUGGUGAGGAGGGUCGUGGACCCUAGGGGCAGGAAGCCAGGGAGGGUGGGGGCGAGUGCUCCGUCACGCGUGUCCCCAGACUCUUUACACACCGGGCCAACAGCCCUGCGGCCUUCCGGCCCAGAGCCGCCCGAGGGCGCGCGGCGGCAUGGAGCCCGAGAGGUGGGUGGGUGGGGGCGUCCUUGCGGGGCGGGACGCCAGCCUGGGACCGAGGACGGCGUGGGCCUUCUCCUGGGCUGAAAACAGUGCAAAGCAAUCUUUUCCUAGUGUGCUGAGUAAAACGUGGCGCAUUCCCAAAGCCGCUGCCUCACGUCGCAGACACUCAGGUUGUAAUCCUUAAAUCUCCUUAGGUUCCUGGGAUAAUUAUUCAUGGAGAUGGCUUGCAGGGUCAUAAACAGAAGAAGGCAUGUGGGACUUCAACAACUUUUGUCAUUUGCACAAACAGGAAGAAGUUUCCUAGGUCCAGUAAAAGCCACCAAGUUUAUUACAGAUGCAGAGUGUCAUGAAAGUGUGUUGAUCAGCUCAACAGUCAGGCUUCUAGAAGGAUUGGAUUUAACCUGUGCAGUGGGGCACCUUCUCAACGAAGCAGUUCAAGCACAGAAUAACACAUACAAAAUUGGAACCAGCACUCUUUUGUUUCUUGUCGGUGCAUGGAGCAGGGCUGUUGAAGAUUGUCUCCAUCUGGGGAUUCCCACUACAGUAAUAGUGUCGGUAAUGUCAGAAGGCUUGAACUCUUGCAUUGAAGCAGUAGUUUCUCUUCAAGUACCCAUACACAAUGUAUUUGACCACAUGGACAACACAAGUACAGUUUACAAACUUGAAACAGUUAAUGCCACUUUGUGUCCUUUUCUACAAGACCCUUCAGGUUCUGGGUUGUUACAGGAAAAGCGUGAUUUCAAAGAUGCUACAUCUCCGUUAUUGUCCACUUACAGUCUUUCUGGGAGACAUGCUGAGUCACCCAAAUUCUUCAAACCUCAGAAUAAUCUUGAAACAGAAAAAAACACAUUGCAAGUUUUGAAAAACAAUCUAUAUACAGAUUCCUUCUGCAAAAAGUCAGCACUAGCUCACAGUAGGCAUUUUAAUAGGACAGAUAAUAGCCACUGGAUAAGCCGACAUGAUGGAUUUCUAGAACAACUUGAAUCAACUCCGAAAGUACUUAGAUGUAAUGAUUUUGGGGAGUUAGCAGUUGGCUUGAGCCAUGGAGAUCACAGCAGCAUGGCAUUGGCCAAAGCAGCAGUGAGGUUGCAGUGGCAGAGUCUGUGUCUGCAGCAAGCCAACUGGAUGGCACCCUUUAUGUUUGAUAUUUCAAGACUUCUCACUUGCUGUAUUCCAGGUCUACCUGAAACUUUUUCCCGUGUUGGUCUAGGAUAUGUCACUUUUGUUACCAUGUCUAGUAUUACUCUUAUCAAGGAAUUGCAGGAUCAGCCUUUCCGAGUGAUUCUCAUUGAGGGUGACCUCACAGAGAGUUACCGACACCUGGGAUUUAAUAAGUCUGUAAAUAUUAAGACUAAGUUAGAUAGUGGGGAGCUUUCAGAAGAUAGUGCAGAAGAACUGUGGACAAAUCAUGUGUUACAGGUGUUAAUCCAGUUCAAUGUGACCCUCAUCUUGGUACAAGGAAGUGUAUCAGAACACUUGACUGAAAAAUGCAUGCACAGUAAGCGGCUGGUAAUUGGGGCAGUGAAUGGCAGUGUGUUGCAGGCAUUUGCAGAGGCCACAAGAGCAGUGCCAGUAGCCUAUGUUACACAAGUGAAUGAAGACUGUGUAGGCAGCGGGGUCUCUGUGACCUUCUGGAUGAGUCCUCAUGAUAUAAACAGGAGCAACAGAAUAGCAAUCUUGUUAACAGCAGAAGGAAUUAAUUUGAUUACAGCAGUACUUACUAGUCCAGCAAGUGCUCAGAUGGAAACCAAGGAAGACAGGUUCUGGUCUUGUGUGUAUCGUUUAUAUCAUGCCCUAAAAGAAGAGAAGGUCUUCCUUGGCGGUGGUGCUGUUGAAUUUUUAUGUCUUAGCCAUCUUCAAAUUCUUGCUGAGCAAUCUUUAAAUAGAGGAAACCAUGCUUGUUUAGGAUGGCUUCCUGAUUCUUCCUCUUGGAUGGCCUCAUCUCUGUCCGUCUACAGACCUACUGUGCUGAAGUCCCUGGCAGGUGGGUGGCAUGAAUUCCUGUCAGCUAUCAUGUGUAACACUGCCACUCACCCAUCAGCAGUGGAAGCUAGGACAUUCAUUCAACAACAUGUACAAAAUGCCAUUGACUCUGGCUCCCCUUCAUCUUACAUCUUGAGUGAAUAUAGUAAACUAAGUAGUGGAGUUUUUCAUUCAGGUAUUUCAGAUAACCUGGAGCUGGUUCCAAGAGUUUAUGAUACUGUUACACCAAAGAUUGAAGCAUGGCGCCGAGCAUUGGAUGUAGUGCUCUUAGUGCUUCAGACAGACAGUGAAAUAAUUACUGGACUUGUACACACAGAGAUGAAUUCACAGGAAUUAGAUGGAGUUUUAUUUUUGUAGUAUGUGUGCGCACACGUGUGGGUGUGCAUGCAUGUGUGUGCAUGCACAUGUACGUAGGUGCCUGAUGAGGCCAGAAGAGGGGAUUGGAUCCCCUGGAGCUAUAAUUAUAGGUAAGCCACCCAACAGUGUGUGCUGGAAACCCAGCUGUAUAAGAACAGCAAGCACUUUUGAGUCAUUUCUCCAGACUUAAUAAAUUUUAAUAGUCAUAUCAUAAUGUGUAAAUUACCAGCUAUUGUCAAGAAUAAAAGAGUUGAUGUCUAUCAAUAACUGCCAUUCUGUUUUUUAUUUUACCCUAUUUAUAAGGUAGCCUGUUACUGUUUCGCAGAUACUAUAGGAUAUACACAACACCUGGAUCAGAGGCAAGGAGCUUCUGCUUUUUGCCUCAGAAUCUGCGUUCGAAGUGUUGUGUUGGUUUUGUCAGUUCCUUGGCUUCUCCCAUAAAGGCAGCCCGAGGGCCAGUGGCAGGACCUUGAACAUCGGUGUUCUCUUGUAGGAGAGGAACAUGGAACUUUUGAUACUUGUUGCUUAAGCAGAAAAAACUCACUUGUUUGACCAACAAAAGUGAUCACAUCCUUCCGUGUUGUUUAAGUCAAACCAGUCAUGGUUAUGAACUAGGUAAAGACUGGGCAAGGCAUUAUAUUCUUUACAUCUAUAGUAAACAUAGAGAUGUUAUCUCAGUUAUUUUCUAUUUGCUGAAAUAAAAUGCCUUGACCGAGGCCACUUACAAAAAGAAAGUGUUUAGUUUGGAGUUAUGGUUUCAGAAGAUUAGAGCCAUGAUGGCAGAGCAAAGACAUGGUGGCAGGAACAGCAGUGGAGGUGUGGGUUGGAAAUGGUGCAAGUCUUUUGAAACCUCAAAAGAACUCACCUGAUUUGGUAGCACACCUCCAAUAAGGCCAUACCUUUUCGUCCUUCCAAAAUAGAUCCACUAUGGCUGGCUUUAUUCUUCAAGCACAUCUGUGUCUGUGUUUAUUUUUUACUUAUUCACUUUACAUCGUGCUUACUGACCCCCCUCCCAGUCACCCCUUCCACAGUUCUUCCAUCAUCCUUCCUUUCCUUCUCCUCUGAGUGGGUGGGUUCCCCCUGGGUAUCGCCCCACCCUGGUACAUUAAGCCUUUGUGAGGCUAGGCAUAUCCUCUCCCACUGAGGCCAAACUAGAAGAACAUAACCCACAUACAGGCAACAACUUUUGGGAUUGCCCCUGCUCCAGUUGUUCAGGACCCACAUGAAUACCAAGCUGCAUAUCUGCUACUUAUGUGGGAGGAUGUGGGAAUAGGCCCAGCCUAUGUGUGUUAUCGGUUGGUGGUUCAGUCUCUGAGAGCCCCAAGGAUCCAGGUUAGUUGACCCUGUUGAUCUUCCUGUUGAGUUCCUACCCCCUUCAGGGCCUGUGAUCAUUCCUCCUGUUCCAUAAGAGUCCCCAAGCUCCAUUGGUGCUGUGGGUAUCUGCAUCUGUCUGAGUCAGCUGCUGUGUGGAGCCUCUCAGGGGACAGCCAUGCUAGACUAUGUUUGCAAGCAUUACAGAGUAUCAUUAAUAAUGUCAAGGCUUGGUGCCUAUCAAGUUGGGCUCAAGUUGGGCUGGUUUUUGGUUGACAAUUCCCUCAGUCUCUGUUCCAUUCUUGGUCCCUGCAUUUCUUAUAGACGGGAUAAAUUUUGGGUUGAAAGUUUUAUAGGUGGGUUUGUGUCCCUAUUGCUCUAUUUGGAUUCUUGCCUCGCUACAGGAGGUGGCCUUUUCAGGUUUCAUAUUCCUAAAGUUAUAUGUCACAAUUAAGCAUACCCCCUCUUGAUUGAUUCUUGGUGCCUCCCUUAACCCAGGUCUCUGUCUCUUCUUGGAGGUGCCCCCUACCUUCUGACUCCCAUCAAUUAUAGAUUUUCCAUUCAUUCUCACAGCCAUCUGGUCAUUCUUCCCCAUACCUGAUCAUGAACCCUGCCCCCAUUUUCCUUUCCAUCUCCUCUCCCAUCCAGUUCUCUCCCUUCAUCUGCCACUUAGGAAUAUUUUAUUCCCCCUUUUAAGUAAGAUUCAAGCAUCCUCCCUUGUGCCUGCCUUGUUUAACUUAUUUGGGCUUGUGGGGUGUUGCAUGGGUAACCUGUAUUUUAUGGCUAAUGUUCACUUACAAGUGAGCACAUACCAUGCAAGUCCUUUUGGGACUGAGUUGCCUCGAUAUUCUCAAGAUCCAUCCAUUUGCCUGCAAAAUUCAUAAUGUUUUUGUUUUUAAUAGAUGAAUAGUAUUCCCUUAUAUAGAUGAACUACAUUUUCUUUAUCCAUUCUUAAGUUUAGAGACAUCUAGGUUGUAUCCAUUUCCUGGCUAUUAUGAAUAAAGCUGCUAUGGACAUAGUUGAGCAGGUGUCCUUGUGAGAUGGUGGAGCAUCUUUUGGGUUCAAGCACAUCAUUAGAGGAAUGUCUAUUUAUUUAUUUAUUUAUUUAUUUAUUUAUUUAUUUAUUUAUUUAUUUUGUCUUUUUCAGUCCCACAAUAUUUAAGGGAUGGUUUUAGAGGAAUGUCUGUUUGUUUGUUUGUUUGUUUGUUUGUUUAUUUAUUUAUUUAUUUAUUUAUUUUGUCUUUUUCAGUCCCACAAUAUUUAAGGGAUGGUUUUCCAGGGCUUCUUAAAUGUGUGUGUCUGUGUCAGUGUAGAUAUGUUUUGACCCCAAAGUGACAUCACUAAACAUACACCAAAUUAUCUGCUUGUAUGAAUUAAUCUAUUCAGCAGUUUGACUAGCAUCCUUAGGAAGAGUUCUGUAAUGUUACCACCACUCCUGCACCGUGACUCACCACCACCUGUUACUGUGGGGUCUUUUCCCACUUUAUAGACAGUUUCAGUUUGGAAGAUGAAAAUCCUUGCAACCUUAAGAUUUCAUUACAGUUUCAUAAUGGCUGUUAAUUCUCCCAAGCUUAAAUGUGUAACUCAUCUUGGUAGACUAUAUGAAUUAAGAACUAAGCUUUCUCUAAGUGUUUAUCCACAAUGGUAAGUUUUCAUUGCUCAUUCAGAUCAUUCUUAGCAAUGAGAAGGAAAUGCUAGGGGCACGGAGAAAGAGCUCACAUCCACAUCUCUGUGCUUUCUAGCUAAGGAUCCAUAGUGUUUAGCUUUUUAUUUUUAUUUUUGGUUACCGCAAUGCAGCAUGUUAACUAAGAGUUUAUUACAGUAGCUGAGACAUGAAGGCAGCAUCCUUUUCUGAGUGCAUCUACCCAUGUUGCAUCUAGUCACUCUCCUAAAGCCUCACUUAGAACAACUGGUUGGUUCCAUUAGUCAGUGCUUUGCUCUGAAAAAGCCUUGUGAGAUCUUCUUUCCUUUGACCUAUAGGUGGCGGAGUUCCUCUCCUGUGGUCCCCAAAUUUCCAUAUCAUGUUUAAAACCAUCAAAAUGAAGGAGAUUGUUUUAGAGCAGGGUAGCGCCGGUCUGCAGUGAGGGUGUUUCCUGCACAGGGGCCUUGGUAGGCAGUUCUUUCUUUAUUGCCUGCUCUGGAGGUCACUUGCUUUGCAAAAUUUUGGCUUGGGAAAGUGAUUCAAGUUCUCUUGAUCAGUUACUGCAGGGUCUUUAAAUGACAGCUGAAUGGCAUCACUCUUGCUAUGAUCUCUGGCUCUAAUAUUAUGGAUUUAGAGUUAUAAUGAAGCCAAGUUAAAAGGGAGAAAAUGUAGCACUGUUUUUCUUAAAGCCAGACUUGAAAACGUGAGUGUACUUAUGCUACUAAAUUUAGAGGUUAGGGACUAAACUUGGGUUCUUUUCAGAAGUGCUCUUAACUAUGAGCCAUAUCUGGAUCUCCAGCAGGUAUUUGAUAAUUGUACAAUAUUAUGGCAUGGGCUUUUGUGUUAAAUGGUUUUGCCUAGCUGUAGGGUAAUGCAUGACUUCUAAGCAUGGUUGGGCAGAGCUCAUUUCUGAUGGUUAGCAGGUCAGAUGUUUAAAUGCAUACACAGCUUGUUCAUUGUAACAUAACCCAUUAUAAGUUAAGGUCAUCCAUACUCUGUAAAGAGCUAAUAAAUCUUACUCUGGCUGUCGCCCAUAUGUCAUCCAAAUGACAAGAAUAUUUUUCUAAGAGUCAAAUGUCAUCUCUGACUUCUACAAAAUGUUCCUAUUUACCAAAAUGUGAGUUUAUGCUUAUUAUAUUGCAACAUGUCCUUUAGACUAUUUCAGGCUAUGCUGGUGUUUGUUUGCCUCUUCUGAAUUUUUUUCUUUUUCCACUUUUCUUGGUAAUUGCAUUAGAAAAUUUUCUAAUGUAUUUAUUUGGUGUUGUGAGAAAGGGUUUUUUUUUUGCAUAAUUUCACUAUGAAUUAAAGCAAACUGAGAAGUUCCUGGCCUAUUGACAAAAUUGAGCAGUGUGAUUUGAUGCCCAGAAAUGGGUAGAGCUGUUUCCUGUGUUGACUGAGUAGGAGGUGGGAAAAGCUACUUCUCCAAUGUUUCCACUUUGGAAUAAAUGUCAAAUUAGAGCUAAGGCUAGGUCUAACAGUAGAUUCCAGCCCUCGGUGCUCAGGCAGGAGGAUCAUGUGGGGCACACGGAAAGAUCUUGUCUCCAAAAAGGAAAAAAAAAAAUGUAGGUGUGACACAUUUUCCCUUUAUCUCUUAAUCGAAUAAGAUAAUCACAGGUUUUUCUAAAGAAUAAGGAUGUGGUGGGGCAUCUAUUAAACUUUAGAUCUCCAGACCCAGAACCUGAGCCAACUUCUGAACUGGUGUCUCCUUUUGGUCCUGUGAUCACACGGCAGGAUUGUCAGGAGAGCUUUUACAGCUGCUCACAUGCCAGAGUGUCACUUCUUAUUCUGGGCUGGGAAUGCACACUACUGACUUAAGGCUUUUGUUCUUCUUUGCUUUUAAGACAGGAUCUUGGGUAUCCCAGGCUUUUCAAGCUUGGGAGAUGAAGAUGACCUUAAACUAAUCUUCAUGUCUCUGCCUCCCAAGUGCUGGGACUGUAGAUGUGCAGUACUGGAAAUGGACACCGAGCUUCAUACAUGCUAGAUAAGCACUCUACCAGCUGAACCACAUCCUAAGUCCCACAGCAGUGUCCCCAUCUCCAUUCCUACCCCAGCUAAUAGUAGUGUGUGACAAAACCAAAACAAGACACGAACAUAGUGUUCAGAAGCACACUUAGAAAAAACUUCGCUGGCUCCUUAGGCUCUCUUUGAGCCACACUGGCUGCUUGAACACAGUGUGUGGAGUGCACUAGCCUCAGGGUGGGCAAAGACAUCCAAGGAGUGGCCACUAAUGUGAGCCACCUGCUAAUAAAUGGAGUUUCCAGAGACUGAAAAGGAAGACAGAAACAUUCUAGGAUCAUAUCAUGGUGGUUGUUCAAAACUAGGUGUGUUUUAAAAAAAACAUUGAAGUGUGCACUUAAAGUGGAGAACAUUAGAGUGUAUGUCAUAUAUCUUAAUAAGCACACUAAGACCAUUUUUGUAACUUCACUUGAGAGCCAAGAGACUAGACUCCAGGUUUGCAGCAAUCCUGGCGUGGAAGAUAUCAAGGAGAGCAAGACAAGCUCUAGGAGUUCCUGGUCUGGCUCCUGGUGUUGGGUACAAAGUGAACUCUGUCAUUAUUUUGCUCUACAUAUUUAUGGUUUGUGCUUUGGAAAGUUAAGAAAUGGUUAAAAAGAAAUUCAACCUCCUCCUUCUGAUAAUGAAGGAAAGACUGACCUUAUCCUAGAACAGCAAGUUUCCUGAGACAUGAAGUCAACUUUUGAUAGUAGAUAACAUGCGAUACCAGAACGUCUGACAGAGAAGACUGCAGAAUGUCUGUUCUUGAACUUGAAUAAAUAGCUUGAUCUGUAAAAUCAGUUCUGUUUUAGGACCUUAUUGGUCAGGCAACAUUUGAGACUUAAUCUAGCCUGUUUUUAACCUGUGUGUACUUUAAAAAUUAUAUAAAUCGGUGUGCAUGUGGUCAGGAGCAGAAAUCCUAUACCUUACUGCUGAAGAAAUGUCUUCGCUUUCAGAGUAUGCACUGUGCAUGUCUCGUCUGAGUGCCCAGAUCUUUGGUGAAGUGGCCAGGUCUACUGACUCAAAAGUCCAUGAAAGUGGUGAGUCUGUUUAGUGAGCAGCCUUUGGCCAAGAAGAAAGAGACUUAUGACUGGUAUCCAAAUCACGACAAGUAUUUUGCGCUCAUGGGCAACCUCUGUUUCCUUGGCCUUUACAAAGAUGAGGAUCAGGACUUUAAGGAUGAGCAAAGAUGUCUAAAGAAGCUCCGUGGGAAGGGGAAACUGAGAAAAGGAGAAGGGAAAAGAGCUACAAAAAAGAAAUAGUAUCAGCUCCUCAAGAAAGAAAAUGCCUUCCUCAGUGACUAAGAAAGUGUAUCUCAUUAUCUUUCUGAGUAUUAGGGGAACAUGACUUCCCUCAGUAGACACCAACCCUGUGUUCACGUUUUACUUCAGUUAAGCUGUGACUGGUUUCUUGAAGAUAAUAUUCCAAUCCUUCAAAAUUAUAACGACCUUGGUUUUGUAAUCUGAAGCGUACCUAAUUCUAUAAUGGAGUGAAUAAACUAUUGUUGACUGAAAAAAAAUUAUAUAAAUCCAAGCAAGAACAAAUUAAAGCUCAGGGAUCCAUGGAUUCCCACAUCAGGAGUAGAUGAGAUAUUUCUCAUUGCUGUGACCAUGCCUGACAAGCAUUUUAAGGGAGGAUUUAAUUUGGUUCUGCCAUGGUAGAGAAAUAAAGUGGAAUCCAUCCUGGUGGUAUGUAGCUGGAACUCCUUAUGUCUCUCUAACCAAAAGAAGAAAAGAAAAAAACAGAGAUCCUGGCUGGAAGCAGGGUGAAGCUAUACCCCUGCAGGCUGGCUUCCCCACCAGCUCACUUCUUCCAGAUAUGUUCCAUACCCUAAAGGGUCCACCAUAGUGAGAAUAUUGGUUUGUUUUUUUUUUAAAAACCCAGUUAUGUUAUGUGAACAUGUUUUUGUCUUAAUCCCAGGUGUGGAAAGGACUUUGGGGCUGUCACAGAUUGUCCACAGCAGCAGACUGUUUGCCUCAGGUGUGCUCUGGGAGGGAUAUGGAUCUUUGCCAACCACAGUUUAAUUCUGAGGACUCCUGAGGGUAUAAAUGGGAGAGCUCCAAGAGGUCUGGGGGCAGCUGCUUCUCCUGUUGCUGCCCCAACUGCUGCUGGUUCAUCCUGCUGCUGGCUUAUUUACUACUUACUGGUUUACUGGACUGCUGGAUGUCCUGAGUACAAAGAUUGGACUUGCCCAGAGGAAGUACACCCUACUCAACAGGAAGUAGCAUAUAGAGGUCCAUGCCCCUUUUCCCUUUAAUCUUCUGUCUCUCCUACCUGGUGUUGGAAAGGAUUGGAGAGGAGAAGGGUGAUAGAUAUAAGAACCCAAAUAAAAUAGCUAAAAACAAAUUUAAAAACCAAAUCAAACCAAAAUAACCCUACAGUUCACAACUUCACACCACUACCAGAGACUAGGUGUUUAACAGGUAAGCUUUUGAAAGCAUUUCACACCCAUACAUAACACUAGACCUCUUGCUCCAGAAACUCAGCAAACUUUGCUGUGAUUUAGUAGUGCUUAACCACAAGUUAAUUUCCCAUAAGAGUGUUGCUUUAUCUUCUUGCCAAUAUCGUUUCCUGCUUCCUGCCAACAUACCAGCCCUGGAGUCUUCCAUGCCCUUCUUUCUUCACUGAUUGCUUUUCCAGGCUGUGUCACUCAUUCUCUUUCCUUUCUUCAUGCGCUUGCUUCAUAGGUUCCUGACUUAAUACCUUUUUUAUUUCUCUAGCUCCACUCAUAUUUCUAAGCCCUCCAGUUUCCAGAAAUGACUACAAUAUUAUUAGGUUCUGGAAAAUAGCUUUCUUCUACAGAUGUGUGUGGAAGCAAGCAAAAUAGUAUGCUUCAACGUUGUUCAGCACUGACUCCUGCUUCCCUCUUCAGAGCUGAGUCUAUUUAUUAUUGCUGCUGAUUUCACAAUCUAUUCUAAAUGCAACCCAUUCCCUUUGAAAUGUCUUUAUGAAUUUCCAGAACUCUUUACUCUGUUAACCACUUGUAUACUGUACUUUUAUAUUGUUACAUGUAAAGUUUUAUGUAUUUUAUAAAGAAAUCAUGACACCUUGAAA